AUGCAUUGCUUGAAUUUAGAUAGACCCUUAUCUAUCUAUCUAUCUAUCUAUCUAUCUAUCUCAGUCUGUUCAUCUAUCUAUCUUAGUCUGUUCAUAUCUAUCUAUCUAUCUAUCUAUCUCGCCCGCGUGAUCGCGCGUCAGCUUAUGUGUAAGUGCGCUCAAGGUCAACAACUUCUAUUGCCUUUACCCUCUUUGACGUUUUUACUGUUUGGAUGCCACCUAAAAGGAGGAAACUUUUGGGACGGCGCACGGCAGCUUCCCCCCGCUGAUAGAGCGGCGAGGGCGAGUGAAACCCCUGAACAGACUUCUUUGCGUCUUUCACGGAUAGCUUCGAGCUCAGCUGCUCGCUUAUCUACGGAAAGCGCUGCUGCGCGGACUGUAAGGUUGUCUUCAGCGGCUUCAACCAUAUCCGCACGCCGCGCCAGGCUUUCAGUUGAAGAACGUUCACUUCAGAAUUCACAGGACGCACGUGGCUAG